GCAACUGAACGGAACCGGGAAGGCGGCCACAAGCCAGCAGCGAGAGAGGCCAGCGCGAGCCGCGAGCAUAUCUCUCCCGCGUUUGAUUUCCGCCCAAGCAAUCCGCCGCCGCCGCCGUCGACGCUGCCGCACGCCCGCCGGUCUCUGCACGAGCGGCGAGCGGCGAGCACCGGCGAUCCUGAUCCCCGUCCUGCCGCGCUCCGGCGCCGGCGGUCCGUGCAGUAGACAAGAUGAAGUUCGGCGCCACAUAUGAGGAGUAUCUCCGGGCAGAGCAGGACAAAUUCCUAGGACAAUGCUCCCAUGUAGAAUAUAAACGCCUCAAGAAGGUAUUGAAGAAAUGUCGAGUUGGUCGCUCACUGCAAGCAGAUGGCACAAAUGGUGAUGAGCAGCAGGAGGGGAGUGACGAAUCUUCAAACAUUUGUGAAUGCAACUCAUGCACAUUGUGUGAUGAGAUGUUCUUUACAGAACUCAACAAGGAGGCAUCAGAAAUUGCAGGUUGUUUCAGAUCUAGAGUACAACGUCUCCUCCAUCUUCAUGUCCCUUCAGGACUACAACGCUGUAUAUGGCGUUUUAGGCAGUGUUUCAUAGAUGAUCAGCAAAUAAUGGUUCAAGAAGGCAGAAUGCUUCUCAAUUAUGUGACCAUGAAUGCUAUUGCUAUUCGCAAAAUUCUCAAGAAAUAUGACAAGAUACAUGGUUCUGUGAGUGGCAGAGAUUUCAAGAGCAAGAUGCAAACUGAGCAUAUUGAACUGUUGCAGUCACCUUGGCUGAUAGAGCUUGGUGCGUUCCAUCUCAACUGUGAUGAUUCAGAUGCUGAUGAACCUGGAGCUGGAGGGUUCUUCAAGAAUGGAUUCUUCAAGAAUUUUUCCUGUGAUCUGAGUGGAGCACAGCCACUACUGACAAUGACCAUUUCUGAAACUCUAAAGUAUGAGUACAGCCUAACUUGUCCGAUUUGCUUGGACACUUUGUUCAACCCUUACGCACUUAGCUGUGGGCAUCUGUUCUGCAAAUCCUGUGCAUGUGGCGCUGCUUCUGUCUACAUCUUCCAGGGUGUCAAGUCGGCACCUCCGGAGGCCAAGUGCCCGGUAUGCCGAGCGGUUGGUGUGUUUGGUCGCGCCCUGCAUAUGACUGAACUCGAAUUACUCCUCAAGAGAAGGGACAAAGAUUACUUUGCGCAGAGACUGCGCGAAGAGCGAAGUGUGAUGGUGAAGCAGGCCAAAGAAUACUGGGACUCACAGGCAAUGCUAUCGAUGGGGAUUUGAAAGCUACAAUGUUCUUACUAUGUAGCACUAAUGUUAUCAAUAGUCACCAAGAUGAGCAUCAAAGCUGAAGGUUCUCUGGCUAAUUACAUCUGAAGGUUCUCUGGCUAAUUACACCUGUUAAUUCCUGGCAAGCGUCAAUCAUUUAAGUUAACUGUGCUGAUAUAACAGAAAUUGACAUAGCAGAAGCCGAGUCCAUCGAAGAAGCGAGCAAAAUCAGUUGCAUUCUAUCAUUCUCCACCUGGUUCAGAUUUCGAGGAUUUAACUAAUUCCUUUGUUCCUUCCAUUCUACUAGUUUGAUGGAAUUGUUAUAUAUACCAAUGGUGUCAGCUAUUGUAUUUAACUAUUUACUGAUUAUUGGUGUGUUUUUUGCCUGUAAGAGUGAAGUCAAAUGCUGUGCUGCCCUGAACUCCUUUUUAAGUACCAGAACCAUGUAACAAACAGCACUUUAACUCGGAUACAUGCGGGUUUGCUGACAUAUUAUCAUCCGAAAUUCCAAA